AUGCGUUUGCAAUUUGCUUUGGCUAUGCUAUUUGCCUUGAUGGUAACAGCAUCUCCAAUCACUGACCUUCUCAAUCGCCUCAAGCGCCAAAUCAUCCAAACCUACGAUGUCACCGAAGUCAUCUAUAAUUCCAAUGGGAAGCCAGUCGCAACAACCAUCCUCCAUGUCACCACUACCGUCUACCCUUCCACCACAUUGGCACCAGUCCCAACUGCGACUCCCACAGACUAUGUUUCGACUGCUUUGUAUCACCACAAUAUCCAUCGCGCCAAUCACUCUGUUCCUCUCCUUAAGUGGGACACAAAACUUGUUGCAUCCGCUCAAGUUCUUGCUGCAACAUGCAAGUGGGGUCACAGCAUGAAUAUCAAUGGCGGUGGAUAUGGACAAAACAUUGCUGCAUACGGUUCCACCAAUGCUAAGGCUCUUGGUGCUAACAAGGAGAUGGCUGUCGCUGCUACAAACAUGUGGUACAACGGAGAACAACCAACCUACUUUCCUUCUUACUAUGGUCAUAACAACCCAGAUUUGACCACCUUUGAAGAUUGGGGUCAUUUCACUCAGAUGGUUUGGCUUGGUACCAAUUCUGUUGGUUGUGCAACUCAACUUUGUCAACCGAUGGACAUUUGGCCAAGUAUGCCAGCUUGGUAUACUGUCUGCAAUUAUUCUCCACCAGGUUUGUUCCUCAUCUUGAUCCUCAGUUUAUAUCUUUUCACUAAUCUUUCUCCUUCAGGAAAUAUGGGCGGUCAAUAUGGCGUCAAUGUCUUCCCGCCUCUUCGUCAUCCCUCCGUCAACGUUAUCAACGCUUAA